AUGGAAACAUUCCGUCAGCAUGCUCAAGAAUAUCAGCUUCAUACGUGCCAACACUGCGAGAAAUUCAUUGUAGACACGGCCAAGGCCGCGAACUCGACGAAUCGCGAGACUAGCCUUGGUUCGUUUCACAUUCCCGGAGCGCAGGUUUUUACAGCAGCAACAAACACCUGCGGGCUCUUCCAAGCAUGUAUUGUCACUCUCAAGAACGAUCUCACACGAAGACUCCUAGUGGACGCUGUUACCGAGGAAACCGCCUGUCAAUUCACACUCGUGGUGACGCUCUGGUACAUUCGCAGGGCAGAUGGUGGCCAUGGGAUGACCCUGGAAGGAGCCUGGAGACGAGAUGAACCGAGGGGCUGGCUUACUGAUGGCGUCACUAGAUUUAAUCUAUGGCCUCGGAAGGAUGCUCCCACAAUGGACAGAUUUACGUCACAUGUGGUUCAGCCGGCUGUCAGCUCCUCAAAGUCAUUCUCGAAAAUGCAAACGUCGCUAAAUGAGUGCUUGAGCUCACAUGCCAAGUACAGCCCGAUCUGGGCUGCCUUGUCCUACUGCUGGGGUGGUCCCCAGAAAGCCCAGACAACGAGCCAGAAUGUCAAUGAACGCUACCAAGCCAUUGACCUUGGAGAGAUGCCCCUGACGCUCCGCGACGCCAUCCGCACAUGCCGUGAACUGAAUCUCCCUUAUCUCUGGAUAGAUUCCAUGUGUAUCAUCCAGGAUGAUGAGGACGACAAAGCCAGAGAGAUCAACAAGAUGCCCGAGGUCUACCAAGGAGCCCUAGUUACUCUGUCCGCAUCUUGUUCAACUACCUGCCACGGAGGGUUUCUGCACGAUCGGCUUCAUCCGGCCCCGGGAGUAGCGUUACCCAUGAGAUGUUCUGAGGGUGUUUACGACAUUAUCCAGGCGGUCAAGUGGAGACCUGCGGUAGGCGAACCCAUUGACAUGAGAGCAUGGACCUUUCAGGAACAGGCUCUGUCUGAGAGGAUCAUUGACUAUGGGAGCCAAAGAGCUUCAUACUUCUGCAAUAGUUCUGGCAAGAAGCAGCGCUUUGGAAUGCUCCCGCCCCCGACAGAUGACCUCCUCCGGCAGGAGUGGGCACAUACUGUGGAAAAGUACUCGGCGCGCCAGUUAACAUUUGCCAAUGAUAGGCUGAAUGCUCUUGCAGCAGUGGCGAGUCGCUUCUCUAAGGCAGCUGGUCUAUCCACGUCGGAAUACGUGGCCGGGCUAUGGAAGCCAUCCCUUAUUCGAGGACUUCUCUGGAGCGUCAAAGCUGGCCAGCGACGAACAAAGCCGACGGGUGGACCAUCAUUCUCAUGGGCUUCGCACUUGAUGGAAGUAGAAUGGCGUCCCGAGAUGUGGGAGAGAGACACGCGGCGAGAAACCGCGUGCGUCUUGGAGAUUGAAGUUGUAGUCUCAAAUUCCCUACUGCCUUUGGGAAGUGUUGCUAGCAGCCGGCUCACCAUCAACGGUCCUCUGGUCUACACCACCCUCUCUUUUCCCUCUGGAGCUGCCCUAAUUCUUCAUGACGAUGGCGGCCAGCAUUCAGUAAGGCUUAUCCUUGACAACGAGGAUGAGACAAACGCAUCAUUGUCGUCGGUCUGGUUGCUAGAAUUGCUAUUCAAGGUAGGACGGGAGACUAUCAUGGGACCUGGGCCCGAUACACGAUUUGGGCUAGUACUCAGAGCAACAAAACAUGGACAGUUCACGAGGAUUGGGAUAUAUAGUGAGUGGGUUCCCCAGGACAUCCCGGUUGCGAGUCAUAAACCUCGCAACGACGUGUGUGAACGCUGCAAGGAGAUUUUUCACGCCAAGGUUUCUAGAGUUGAGCUUGUUUAA